UGAUAACCCUCUUCAUUAUGAAUUAGGGAAUUUUAGUUUGGGGUCUUUCGCGGACUUUGAGGCAGGGAAUGGAGGCGUCGCGGUCGCCCAGAAGCCUGGACACGAAAUAAAAAGCACUGGGGAACUGAGCGUGGUAGUGGAACCUUAGGAUGCUGGGUUGGAAAUCCAGGAGGAAGGAAGAGAGGCGACACUUGUUGGGACACGUGACUAGAAGUUACGGUCCUAAACUGCGCGGGAUGUAAAAAACGAAGUGAUUUAAGGGAAAGAGCUCUUCUCUGUAGAUAUUUAUUUUUUCCACUAGAAAUACUUGAGUGUAUGCCCAGCCUUGAUGAAAGCCAACAGAGAAACGAAGCGCCUUUUUGUGGGUGGCCUUGGCCAGAAUAUUUCUGAGGCAGACCUACAAAAUCAGUUCAGCAGAUUUGGAGAAGUUUCUGAUGUGGAAAUCAUCACUCGGAAAGAUGACCAAGGAAACCCACAGAAAGUCUUUGCAUAUGUCAACAUCAGAAUAGCAGAAGCAGACCUGAAAAAAUGUAUGUCUGUUUUAAAUAAAACAAAAUGGAAAGGUGGAACUCUACAAAUUCAGCUAGCAAAGGAAAGUUUUUUGCAAAGAUUGGCCCAGGAGAGAAAAGAAGCAAAAGCAAAGAAAGGAAAAUCAACAACAAGCAAUACCAACUUGUUAGAAAAGAUGGGAGUGGUGGAUUUCCAUGUGAAAGCUGUGCCAGGGACAGAAGUACCGGGGCACAAAAAUUGGGUUGUGAGUAAAUUUGGAAGAGUCUUACCUGUCCUUCACCUAAAGAAUCAACAUAAACGUAAAAUCAUAAAGUAUGAUCCCUCAAAAUACUGCCACAACCUAAAGAAAAUAGGGGAGGAUUUCACAAAUGCUGUCCCUAUAUCCAGCCUCACUUGGGAAUUGGAAGGAGGGAAUGAUCCUGUGAGUAAGAAACGACGAGGAGAAUUCUCUGAUUUUCACAGCCCUGCCAAGAAGAUAAUAAAAGUGCAGAAGAAUGAGGGUUCCACUGCAUCUCUGGCUUUGAGACCAAAACCUAGUAGCAUAAUGGAGAGUUCACAUUUAAUACAACAACAGGCUGCACAAAAUACACCUCAUAAUUCCAUUACUCCUAAAUCACCCUGUGUACCUGAUUCUGAUAGUCAGAAACUUAAAAAUGUAUUUUUUCAGACUUCUGACUUAGAAACUACCAAAAAGAGAAAUAGCAUGUCUGAUGAUGAUAUUGAUUCUGAAGAUGAAUUAAGACUAAUGAUUGCAAGAGAGGAAAACCUAGAGAAAACUACAUGGUCCUCAAUAAAUGGAUCUGAAAAUGAUCCCUUUGAAGUUGUAAGAGAUGAUUUUAAAUCACAUUUUCACAAAUUUCAUACUUCAACAGGUUUAGGCAUCAAAAAUAAUGUCUUUUGCCUCAGUAGUGAAGAUAAUGUUAUGGGAAAUGAUUGUGACUCUGAUUCAGGAGAUACAGAUGAAAUCAUUGCAAUGAAAAAAAAUUCUGAUAAGAUCAAAAACAGUGUAGAACUUUCACAAACAGAAAAGUCUAUGCACAAGAAAACUUAUUUGAAAAAUAGAAAAAAGUGUGGUCUUUCUGUUGAUUGUAUUAAAGUACAAAAAAGAAAAAACAAAGAGACAGCCCUCAGUCACAGAAUUAAGCCUCUCAGUUGUGAAUCUCUGAUUGAGUCCAGUAGCAGUGAAGAUGCUGAUUCUGUAUCAGAAUCAACCGAGUCUGAAGGAGAUAAGGAGUAUAACACCAUGAUGAAAAACUGUCUCCAUAUGAAUCUAACUUUAGCUGAUCUGGAACAGUUGGCUGGCAGUAACCAGGAGGCGCCAAAAGAAGAUACUGAGAGCAAUGGCCGGAAAACCACUGCCAAGUCUGACAGGGCCUCCAAGAGCCACAGAACUCCAGGUGGCCUCCACAAAGGCCAACAGUGUAUUCAUCCUGAGGAGAUUGUGGCUUCCCUUUUAGAAGGAAAAGAGAACACACAUGGAAAACAGGAACCAAAGGAAAAUACCUUAAAGCCAAAAUUCCAGGCUUUCAAGGGAGUAGCCUGUCUCUAUGGAAAGGAAUCAGUGAAAAAAUCCUUGAAAGAGAGUGUUGCCUCUAACAAUAUUAAUAAAGAUCAUAAAUCCUUGAAACUUGAGGAUCCCAGGAGCAUGUCCAUGAAAAAAUGGUCCUUGUAUGCUAAUGGCCCAUCAAGUAAACUGACUCUUUUCCAACAUGCAAAGAAGGCAAAUGACUCAAACCAAAUUCAGCCUCAAAAGAGACCGUCUACUUUUGAGAGCCAGGCUCACAAGGUGGUAUUCCCUAGCAGUUCAGAAAAGGGAAAUGGAAAUCCUAUUUCUAGUCUAUUGCCACUAAAAGAUAAGAAAUCUUUGAGUCUUGGUGCCAAGACUCUCAGGAGAGGCUUUGAUGAAGACUGUUGCCACAGGACUGGAAAGUCAGGAGAGAGCUCCAAAAAGAGGCCUGAUCUGUGCAGCCGCAAGGUCCUUGAGAAAUCACCAGAGGUCUCCUCCAGGAGAGACCCUCAGGGAAGCAAAACUGACUUCCCACUUUCUGUUAAUAGUUCAUCAGAUGUUAAUGCUAAGGAUAAGCAUGCUGAAGAUAAUCAGAAGCGUUUGGCAGCCUUAGAGGCAAGGCAGAAAGCAAAAGAAGUACAAAAGAAGUUGGUUCACAAUGCUCUGGCAAAUUUGGAUGGUUAUUCAGAGGACAAGCCAACGCACAUCAUCUUUGGUUCCAACAGUGAAAGUGAAACAGAGGAGACAUCCACUCAGGAGCAAAACCAUCCAGGAGAGGAACCAGUAAAAGAGUCCAUGGGUGGAGCCUCUGGGAAGCUCUUUGACAGCAGCGAUGAUGAGGAAUCUGGUUCCGAAGAUGACAGUAACAGGUUCAGAAUUAAACCUCAGUUUGAGGGCAGAGCUGGACAGAAGCUUAUGGAUUUGCAGUCUCACUUUGGCACUGAUGACAGAUUUCGCAUGGACUCCCGAUUUCUAGAAAGUGAUAGUGAAGAGGAACAGGAAGAAAUAAAUGAAAAGAAAACUGCUGAGGAAGAAGAGCUUGCUGCAGAAAAGUUGAAAGCCCUGAAUGUUGUGCAGAGUGUUUUGCACAUUAACUUAAGCAGUUCUACAAGCAAAGGAUCAGUAGCUGCUAAGAAAUUUAAGGACAUCAUACGUUAUGAUCCAACAAGGCAUGACCAUACCACUUAUGAAAGAAAAAGAGAUGAUAAACCAAAAGAAAGUAAAGCAAAACGAAAGAAGAAAAGGGAGGAAGCUGAGAAGCUACCUGAGGUAUCUAAAGAAAUGUAUUAUAACAUUGCUACGGAUUUAAAACAAAUAUUCCAAACUACACAAGAUACCAUUGAAAAGGAAGACAACACACCUUGGAAUGAGGAUUCUGAUGGAGAGAAAGCCGAAGUAGUCCAGGACCCUACAGCUCUGAUGACUGGGGAUGAACAGCCCGGCGGGUUCACAUUCUCCUUUUUUGAUUCACACACUAAAAAUGUAAAGGAAGAGACCUAUAGAGAUGAGGCAGUGAAACCUGGGAAGAUUGCCUGGCAGGGAGACCCUCGUUUCCAAGACAGCAGUUCAGAAGAGGAAGAUGUUACUGAAGAAACAGAUGACAAAAAGCCCAGCCCUGGAGAAGUAUCAUUACCUGAGAAAGAGACCACUAGAUAUUUCUUUUUCUCUAAGAAUGAUGAGAGACUUCAUGGUUCUGACUUAUUCUGGAGAGGAGUGGGAAGUAAUAUUAGCAGGAAAUCUUGGGAGGCCAGAACAAACAGCUUGCGUAUGGACUGUCGGAAGAAACAUAAAGAUGCCAAAAGGAGAAUGAAACCAAAAUAAUAAAUGUCAUCAUUAGUUUUGAUACUGAAAUGUAAACAAGGCUCACCUGUGGAAAUUGGAGUGAUCUAGAAAAUAAGUUUAGCUGACAAAGAAGAAUUCAGAGUGAAGGAAUAUUCAAAAUCUUAUCUGGUGGAUAUCAUUCUGGUUGCUUUCUUUUCCUGUAGAUUUCCUCUUCAUUUGUUCCUAACUAAUUACUUCAAAUAAUUAACCUGAACAUUUUUUUUAAUGAAGCACAAGAUAGUCCCUCAAAAUACUUUUCGUAUAUAAUCUCUUUGCCCUCUAUCUUCAAUAACUAAUGGCUAUCUUCUGACACAAGGUUUACAUAAAACCUUUUAAAAUAUAUGGAUCAGAGCA